CAAAAAUUCAUCGAAUGAGCACUGCAGAAUAUAUCACUUUUUUAGUUUCGUUUUAUUUUCCUUGCGCCACCACAAAUAGAAAUAAAAUUAAGGUGCGUUCAGUACAGAAGUAAAAGCAAAAGCCUUAGCCGAAAAAGGCGGAAGCAACGCACAGCAACCAGAGCGAGAGCAAACGAAAUGGCCGACGAAACUGCAGCGCCCCCCGCAGACAGUGGGGCUCCCGCAGCUGCAACUGCAGCUGGGGAGGAUCACACCACGCUGACUGUGCAACCUGCGCAAGUGGACAAAGCGCCUACAGACGCCUCCACCUCAACAGCGGUGCAGGUCGGUGGGGAUGGGGCGGAGUCGGAACGCUGCUGCUGGAUCUGCUUUGCCACCGACGAGGACAACCGCUUGGCGGCGUGGGUCAAGCCCUGCCAGUGCCGUGGCACCACCAAGUGGGUGCACCAAAGCUGCCUCUACCGCUGGAUCGAUGAAAAGACCCAGAAGGGCAACGCCCUGCGCUCCGUAUCCUGUCCGCAGUGCCAAACGGAGUACAUCAUUGUGUUCCCGCAGAUGGGCAAGUUCGGGGGUGCCCUGGAAGCGAUGGACAAUCUCAUCAAGCGCCUGAGUCCCUUUUUGGCGGCUGGCUUUUUUGUGGGCUCCCUUUACUGGACAGCCGUUACGUAUGGAGCGGUGACAUUCCUACAGAUUGUGGGCCACGAGCACGGCAUGUCCAUAAUGGAGGCCGGUGAUCCGCUUGUCCUCCUUAUAGGACUGCCGGCAAUUCCGGUGGGGCUGGUGCUAGGUCGCUUGAUUCGCUGGGAGGAUGCCCUUUUGCGCCUGAUUCGAAACCGCGGGACGGUGGUCCGAAAGUUUCCCUUUGUGAGCCUGAUUUAUCCGAACCUUAACCAGGAAGAUGAACAGCAGAGCACCAGCAAUCCGGCCACACCUGCUCUUUCCGAUCCCGUGUCGGCCACGCGAGUUUUUUGUGGGGCACUCCUGCUGCCCACCAUAUCAUCAAUAGUGGGCAGGAUUCUCUUCGACUCUGUGGAUAACACGCUGCAUCGAACUUUGCUUGGUGGUCUGACCUUUAUAACUGUAAAGGGAAUCCUAAAGAUUUACUUAAAGCAGAAACAGUACGGACGCCGUAAGAAGCGCCGGAUCGUCGAUUAUACGGAGGAAAACAUUCGCAACUUCAUGCACCGCAACAACAACAACGCCGCACCAGCAGCUCGACAAGAUCAGCAGCCGCAACAGAGACCAGUGCCACCGCCACAACGUAUGGAUGCAGUGAUAACCCGCCAACGGGGAGAUAGUGGCGGAAGCGUUGUGUAGAAGGAGUUGGUUACAAAUCCAGUUUGUAGGGCCAACUAUUUUCUACGAGUUAUCUUUUGUUUAAGUUAAUUGUUUUAUCUCUUGUACAUGUCAGGAGACACCACACGCUCACUUUUUUGCCUAUUGGUGGCUGAAAUUCUGACAGUGUCUGCAGGUUACCAAGCUAAAUUUAUUGUUAAAGUACACUAUGUGUAAUGGCCGGAAAAUAAAUGUAUAUUCAAACAAAACGCCAACUAGCCUUGGCAAAUAUUUUGUUAACAACAAAAUCCGCCAUGUCCUUGCGUAGGUUUAAUAUCGACAUAGUACAUAAUGGAUUUAUAUAUGAAUAUGCUUCCAUACACUUGAAUUUAUACGUUAACCUUUUUGUAAAUUAUAAAGUUGCCUAUGUAAAUAAAAGCAAAACCCUCGGCUGUGGGUGAGUAAUAACCACAAAA